CUAAGGACUAGUUCAUCCAUUCUCGAUUUUUGAUUCGUUAAUCAGACUCGAUGUUUUGAAAAUAAUGUUUAUUCGCUGCAGCCUUUGUUUUUGUUUACAUUUGUUAUAGAAUUUGAGGUGAAAGCAAAAUAUUUAUCAUUAUAGUUUAAUACCAUGUCAGGAGGUUCAAAUUAUUAUUUUGCAAUUGUUGGUUAUAAAGAUAAUCCGGUGUUUGAAAUGGAAUUUGGUCCAUCUACUAAAACUGAUGUUAAAAAAGAAGAUCAUCGCCAUUUAAGUCAAUUCAUUGCUCAUGCUGCAUUAGAUUUAAUCGAUGAACACAUGUGGCUGACAAAUAAUAUGUAUUUAAAAGUUGUUGAUAAGUUCAAUGAAUGGUAUGUGUCAGCCUUUGUAACAGCAAGUAAAAUGCGUUUUGUUAUGCUUCAUGAUCAAAAGAAUGAUGAUGGAAUAAAAAAUUUUUUUCUUGAAGUCUAUGAAAUAUACAUUAAACAUUCCAUGAAUCCAUUUUAUGAACAUAAUACUCCAAUUAAAUCUGCUGCUUUUGAAAAAAAAGUUCAUUUCUUUGGAAGAAAACAUUUAAUAAGUUGAAUUUAUAAACUAAUUUAAUGUCUACCAUUGUUCUUAUAUAAAUUAUAAUUUCU